UACUGCCACCUACUGAAAAAUCCAUAAACUGCGCAUUAGGAAAAGGGAGGCGGGGCUGAGGGUGAGAUCAUGGGCAGGGCUUGGAGAAAUGGGAGGUGAGGCAGUGUGUCUGGGUGGGGCAUAGAAGAGGAUGGGUCCUGAUCCAUGGACCACCAGGAUCCCGUGGCAAGGAACUUCUUGCUUUCCUGCUCUUUCCUUCAUGGUCUAGGGGAGCAGUUGGCUCAACAUUUCCCUGAUUUAAUUCUGCAGAACUGCCUGCUUCAGCCACUCUGCAUUUCUCACUUUUCUCCUUUGGCCACUUAAUAGGCAUGAAGGAGAUGUGAAGGGGGAAGGGGGAGUGUCCUCUGAUGGCAUCAGGAAUUUAGCUUCCGGUGCUCCAUUCCCAUCCCUGAUUUCAGCUGCAGUUGUGCUGGACAGUUGUGUGGAAGCUCAGACUCUCACUGACAAUGAACUCACUUGAGUGCAAGUCUCUGCUUUCCUGCCCAGAAGUCUCGUUUGCAGCUUUGGCAGCUAGUCUGCCCCCUGGCAAGUGCAGGCUACAGGCACGGGACAGGAGUAGGCACCAAGACCUUUGCUGCUUUGCCUUUGCAGCCUCCCCAGGCCCCUUGCGGGCCCCCCACCCUGCUAGCUCGCAGCUGGCCCCCUGUAGGUACAGAAGGAUGACAGACUGCUACCGCCCCCCAGGGAACGAGACGCUGCUGAGCUCUCCGGCCUCACGGGCCACAGGCACGGCCUUCCUGCUGCUGGCGGCGCUGGCGGGCUCCAGCGUCAACCCAGUGCUCUACCUCUUCACCGCGGGGGAUCUGCUGCCCCGCGCGGGUCCCCGCUUCCUCACGCGGCUGUUUGAGGGCUCUGGGGAGGCCCGAGGAGGCGGCCGCUCCAGGGAGGGGACCAUGGAGCUCCGAACUACCCCUCGGCUCAGAGUGGUGGGGCUGGGCCUGGGCAACGGAGACCCGGGGGGCGGGGCGGCCAAGGACAGUCAGGAAUGGGGCCCUUGA